GUUGUUUUGUUGUGUUUUAAGGAAGAAAGGUUUCUGGAAUCAUUCGUUCUUUUUCUCUCUGCUUUCGCUGUUUGUUUUGAGUAGCCGAAGGUACUCUGCUCGAGGAGGGAUUUUACGCCGACUGCAUUCGGCGACGGUGAUGGAGUGCGCCACCUUUACUUUCAGAUUCGAAUCCACGGCGCCGAAAGGAAGGAAAGAGGAGGCGGAAGAUGAUUGGAGGAGCUCUUCGUCCACCACGACCUCGUCUUCGAUCGGGAGGAACAGUGAUGAGGUGUCCGGAAGAUCAUCGGACGGUGGAGAUUGCGACGAGAAUGAGGUUCAAAGCCGUUACAAAGGUGGUUCGAACAUGAUGGAUUCGCUCCAACAGGUUUUGCCGAUGAGAAGAGGCAUCUCGAGUUUCUACAAUGGCCAAUCGAAGUCAUUCACAAGUUUAGCCGAUGCUUCCUCAGCAGCAUCGAUCAAAGAAAUGGCAAAGCCUGAAAACGCUUAUACGAGGAGGAGGAGAAAUCUAUUAGCGAUCAACCACUUAUGGGACAAAAGCAGGCACAAUAAAAGACCCAUCAGGCCGCCGAUCGGCUCGAGCACCAGCACAUUGGCUCUAGCCGUUGCGAUGAGUAGCUCCGAAAGCAUCUCUAGUACAAGUGAUGACUCCACUUCUGCAUCGAGACCUCGGCUUCCUCUGUUGCACCCGCAAACCCGAACGCCAUCGUCAUCUUCGAGUGGCCGGAAUCCCUCUAGUUGGCGGUCCUUCUCGCUGGCUGAUGUCCGGGCAUAUGGUACGGUUAUAGGAAGCACAAAUCCAGACUGUGCUUUCAUUUCAUGAUGAAAACCGACUUUUGGGAAACAGACUUGACAAUAAUUUGUUAUGAAGUUUACACGUAGUUUGAUGUUUAUGCUCAAAGGGAUCUAGGUGCAUGUUUUAUGCCUUUUUGUUGUCUAAAAUGUUGCCCCAAGUUUCUGUAUAUUUCGUAUUGACAAUAAUUUUUUUGGGUAAAUUGUUUGUUUAGUACUAAAAUUAUCAAUUCAAAUCUGUUUUAGUAUUUAAACUUUAA